UUAAUUAGUAUGUAAUUAAAAUUCAGUUUGAUUCUCUGCAAGUCUGCACUAGAAAAGCUGAGUCUGUGGAUGCCUUCCCUUGACACACAGAUUCACAGAGAAUGAGUGGAGAGAGGAAGGUGGUGUGUGUGACAGGAGCUUCUGGUUUCAUAGCUUCAUGGCUGGUUAAGCUGUUGCUUCAACGUAAUUACAUUGUCAAAGCAACUGUUCGUGACCCAGGUGAUGCUAAGAUAAAGCACUUGCAUGAACUUGAUGGAGCUAAAGAAAGACUUCAGAUCUUCCAGGCAAACCUAUUGGAAGAAGGGUCUUUUGAUUCUGCAGUUGAAGGAUGUGAAGGUGUUUUCCAUACAGCAUCCCCUGUAACUUUCUCAGCCAAUGACCCACAGGCAGAAUUGCUGGAUCCUGCAGUAAAAGGAACACUCAAUGUUCUAAGUUCAUGUGCAAAAACUCAGUCUGUCAAGAGAGUAGUUGUGACAUCUUCUAUAGCGACAAUCUUGUUCAAUGGAAACCCUCUGAACCCUGGUGUGGUGGUAGAUGAGACUUGGUUUUCAAGUACAGCUUUCUGCAAGAAAUUGAAUAACUGGUAUGUAGUUUCAAAGACCUUAGCUGAAGAGGCUGCUUGGAAAUUUGCAAAAGAGAAUAAGAUAGACUUAGUUACAUUACAUCCAGGAUUGGUUAUCGGACCCUUCUUACAAUCAACUCUUAACCUGUCUGUGAAGGUGAUUCUGGACAUCGUAAAUGGAGCUCAAACUUAUACUAGCCCUUACAGAAUUGUUGAUGUUAGAGAUGUUGCAUUGGCUCAUAUUCAAGCUCUUGAGGUUCCCGCGGCCAGUGGCAGAUAUCUCUUAGUUGGAAGAGUUACACAAUUCUGCGAGAUUCUGAAGAUUUUGCAGCACCAUUACCCUACUUUGCAACUUCAGGAAAAAUUCAAAGCUGAAAAGUAUGAGCCAACAUACCAGAUUUCCAAGGAGAAAACAGAGAGUUUGGGCAUCAAUUUUAUGCCUUGGGAGGUGAGUGUUAGGGACACUGUGGAGUGCUUCAUGGAGAAAGGCUUUCUCAAAGUCUAAGAAGAUGCUCAAACAAGAUCAAGAUCACUGACUGUCACAAGUACUUGCAGGGAUUAAGAUCAAGAUUCAGGACUGUAUGAGACAUUAAAACAGUAAAAAUAAGAUGGAUGUGACAGGAUGGCAUUA